GGAAUUUGAAGAAUAAAAGUGUUGCUUGGAAUCAAACCAACUGCUGCUUAUGCACAAUGUUCUUCCCACAUGAAAUGUGGAUGUAAAAUUUUCAUCCCUAACGCAAGAACAUAUCAUGGAGAUCUUUGGCUCCUAUGAGGAUAUUCUGCUAUCGCUGUGCUGAAUGGAAUUGGCUAAUGCCCAGAAUGGUUGCUAGAAUGGCAAUGGCUCGGGUUUCUCAAGAACCUCAUCCUAAUCUAAAGUUAAAGCAGGAUAAUAAAGACUAUAUAUUAUACUGUCCUUGUGAAUUGAGUGCGGCUGGUGAUGCCUUUUCUGAGGGCUGCUUUGGGGUUCUCCACCGAACGAUAUAUUGUGGGCCAUACGGGGAUUUUAACCUGCACGACUGCGCUGCAUGUGAGUUUUGUUUAUUUAUUCCAGGAUUAUUUGACUUCACAUCUUUCCACCUGUUCCCUCCGUCCAUCCAUGGAAUCCUUAUAAUCCAGAAAACAAGCUUAGGGUUAUUUACUGAAAGCUCCCAGUAAAAUUAUAAAAAAAAUGGGCCUUCAUAUUUUUUUUUUU